UUUUUGCCCUCGCAGCUUUGCACCCACGGAGACUGCCUCUGCAUCUCUGAUCGUGCGUUUGCUCUUCCUCUCUCAUUAGCACGCUCUUUCGCCUCUGCUGCGCCUUGGAUAGCUCAGCAGCGCACGCCGACUCAAGCGGCUCGCAUCGAAGAGAAAGAAAAAAAUCUCAACGUCGCGGCCGCGUUUGUCUUUGCGAAAAGUCUCUUCAAAAAUAACAAAACACAUCAGUCACAAUGCCCAAGGCUGCAUCUGGAAAGCGCGGUGCCAAGGACACCAAGAAGCGCGCCAAGAAGGACCCCAACGCUCCCAAGCGUGGUCUCUCUGCUUACAUGUUCUUCGCCAACGAGCAGCGUGAGAACGUCCGUGAGGAGAACCCCGGCAUCUCAUUCGGUCAGGUCGGCAAGCUGCUCGGUGAGCGAUGGAAGGCCCUGAACGACAAGCAGCGUGCCCCCUAUGAGGCCAAGGCUGCCGCCGACAAGAAGCGCUACGAGGAUGAGAAGCAGGCUUACAACGCUGACCAGGAGGACGAGUCAUCGUAAACUGGUGCUGGUCGCGGGGUGAGAAUGCUGAAUCAUGCUUAUGGUGAUUCUUUCUGCAAAUGAUUCACAUAGCACUUGGGUCGAGGAUAAUGGCAAUGAGGCCGCGUGCCUCGCUCUAAAGCCAAGCAUAAAGGCCCAUGCUGGUGAUGUCGAUUUCUUUGUAUUUUGGGCAGGACGGUGUUGUACGAAUGCACGGAAUGGGUUGCGUACUAUUUGCUUUCAGGUGCCGGAAAUUCAACGGAAACAGGGUCUCGCAUACUUGUAAUUGAACGGGAUAGUGGCCGGCAGAGCUACAAUGCGAUAUCGAAUACUUUUUGCGUGAGCUUCAUUCGACGUAAUAACAAUGGAGCCAUUGGGCCAUGAAUUGACAAGAUUAUACUACUGCUGCCUGACUCUAGAAAUGUGACUGCAUCUUGAAAACAUCAAGGUGG